AUGGAUAACUUGGAGAAGCAGCUGAUUUGUCCCAUCUGCCUGGAAACAUUUACCAAACCAGUGGUCAUCUUACCGUGUCAACACAACCUCUGUAGAAAGUGUGCCAAUGAUAUCUUUCAGGUAAAGUAGGCCUGCAAUUACAUUGGAGUAUUGGAAAGUAUUUUAGGACAGACUAGUAUGUGAUAGACCUAUAGAUUAAACUGUGUCUACGCUAUUAUCCAUAGACUAUUUCUGUUUGUCUAUAUCUAUAACAACUAGUUUGACUGUAUAUUGGGGGAUAUUGUUUUUGCUUGUUUCUUGUCUAGGCACAGGCUACAGGUGUAGGAUCUUAAUUGUAUCACCCUUUUGUUGCAGGGGAUUUCCUGCACAGCAAGAAAUGCAAACUUGUAGUGUAUUCAAUGUUUAAAAGGCUUUUAAAGAUUGUAAUUUCCACUUUACAUUUUCAGACUUGAUUUGCCCUUACCAAAAAUGUAUCAACCCCUACAACAAUGUCCAAUAAUUAUAAUCCACACAAUAAUUCAAAUUUCCUGUUGCUGCAGGGUCAAAUUAAGAUCCCACAUCUGUAUGUACUGUAGCCUACACCAGAUCCUCUGUAUUGUUCUCAUUUUAUGCUUUGUAUUAUCUUGUUGCCACGAGCCAUUGCAGUGUUCAAUCUCAGCUUUGUACAUCCAUGUAAUUUUGUGUAGCCUCAAAUGUGACUACAGUUUUCACAUGAAAUAGUAGGCAUAAGCAAUAAUAGGUGUUACAUUUGGUCUACAUUUUAAUAUGUUCCAUCCUGUCUAGGCCUCCAACCCAUAUCUCCCAACCAGAGGGGGGUCCGUGACCUCUGGUGGCCGUUUCCGGUGCCCGUCCUGCAGGCACGAGGUGGUCCUGGACCGCCAUGGGGUCUAUGGGCUCCAGAGGAACCUGCUGGUGGAGAACAUCAUUGACAUGUUCAAACAGGAGUCCACCAGGUGAGAGAGUCGUACACUAUAGGAGUCCAAAGGAAAAAUAGUACUUCCGGUACAUGGACUUCGCUUUCCAACCCAGGUGCAUGAACAGAUGAGCAAACUGGGGGGAAACUAUGUGCUCCAUGUACUUGCUAGCUUGUUACAGGGUUCAGUACAGUUCUUAUUACAGUAAUCAUUAAAAAAAGUAAUUAUUAAAGAAAGUAACCACCACCACCACCAUCAUCACUACCAUAAGUGGCCCAAUUUGCAGGAUCCUACUAUACCACAGACUGAAAGCACAGACAUCCAGUUACUCCAUUUUGUGAGUUUUGGCCUAAAUUCAUUUCUAUGUGUAAUUUCCUUAGCUUUCCAUAUUCACUGUUCCAUUACCAGGGUUUAAACUACUUCCAAUAUGUCACUGAAUUUCUUACAAGAAGACGGAACAGUGAAUUCUAAAAGUAGGUCAGUUAGGGCAUUGAACAGUGAGAUACUCAUAAUGAUAGCAAUGUGACAUUUUCUCUUCUGAUAGAUAUAUAAAAAACUCAUACACCUACAUGCAAAACGUGUUAAAACCUUGCUGUUGAAAUUUGAUAUUUUUCCUGAGUCCUCACCGCAUGACCUGACCACGACAAAGCUGGGCCUUAAACUUCACUAGUCAUGUCAUGUUCUCAGGAAAAGAUCCUGGUGCCACUCAUACUGAAUGAUUUCUUCAAUACUUACUACUUUUUUCACCUUGUGUACUAGACUUCCAGACUGCCUUAUAAAGACACAUGGUGGCUGGUGAACGUGACUAGUAGUAGUUUCGAAACUAGAGUUGAUAAACAAAUAAUGAUGAUGUUCUUUAACCGGGCGGCAGGUAGCCUAGCUGUUAAGAGCGGGGGUUUGAAUCCCUGAGCCGACUAGGUGAAAAAUCUGCCAAUGUGCCCUCGAGCAAGGCACUUCACCCUAAUUGCUCUGGAGUGUCUACUAAAUGACUAAAAUGUAGAUGUUCUCCCUCCAGGAGCCACAGCGAUGACAACAGCUGGAGCUAAAUACAGUCAAGGAAGUACGUAGGUCACAAACAUUGCAUUUACAUGAAGGAUUACUGUUUAUAUUUAACUCCUGUUAAAAUAGGUGUCAGGGUUUUCUAGUGAGAGUGUCAUCUUAUCUUUUAUUACAUUUACAUUUACGUCAUUUAGCAGACACUCUUAUCCAGAGUUACAAAUUGGUGCAUUCAACUUAUGAUAGCCAGUGGGACAACCACUUUUUUUUUUUUUUUUUUUUUUUUUUUAUGGGGGUGGGGGAAGAAGGAUUACUUUAUACUAUUCCAGGUAUUCCUUAAAGAGGUGGGGUUUCAAGUGUCUCCGGAAGGUGGUCAGUGACUCCGCUGUCCUGGCGUCGUGCGGGAGCUUGUUCCACCAUUGGGGUGCCAGAGCAGCGAAUAGCUUUGACUGGGCUGAGCGGGAACUGUGCUUCCGUAGAGGUAGGGGAGCUAGCAGGCCAGAGGUGGAUGAACGCAAUGCCCUCGUUUGGGUGUAGGGUCUGAUCAGAGCCUGAAGGUAAGGAGGUGCCGUUCCCCUCACAGCUCCAUAGGCAAGCACCAUGGUCUUGUAGUAGAUGCGAGCCUCAACUGGAAGCCAGUGGAGUGUGCGGAGGAGCGGGGUGACAUGAGAGAACUUGGGAAGGUUGAACUGCUUUGUGGUGGGUGUUUGGUGCUAUAAGAAUGCAUGAGAUGAACGUGUUGCAUUUAAGCAGGGUUGGGUAGGUUACUUUCUAAAUGUAAUCUGUUAGUUACUAGUUAACCUGUCCAAAAUGUGUAUUAGUAACGGAACUUUUGGAUUACCCAAAUUGAGUAAUGUCAUCUCAUUACUUUCACUUAGAAGAAGAUAAAAAGGAUCCAUCAAACACAUUUGGUGUCAUCAUAGUGGUCUCUGAUUGGUGGUCAUCAUUUGGUGUCAUCAUAGUGGUCUCUGAUUGGUGGUCAUCAUUUGGUGUCAUCAUAGUGGUCUCUGAUUGGUGGUCAUCAUUUGGUGUGUCAUCAUAGUGGUCUCUGAUUGGUGGUCAUCAUUUGGUGUCAUCAUAGUGGUCUCUGAUUGGUGGUCAUCAUUUGGUGUGUCAUCAUAGUGGUCUCUGAUUGGUGGUCAUCAUUUGGUGUCAUCAUAGUGGUCUCUGAUUGGUGGUCAUCAUUUGGUGUGUCAUCAUAGUGGUCUCUGAUUGGUGGUCAUCAUUUGGUGUCAUCAUAGUGGACUCUGAUUGGUGGUCAUCAUUUGGUGUCAUCAUAGUGGUCUCUGAUUGGUGGUCAUCAUUUGGUGUCAUCAGAGUGGUCUCUGAUUGGUGGUCAUCAUUUGGAGUCAUCAUAGUGGUCUCUGAUUGGUGGUCAUCAUUUGGUGUGUCAUCAUAGUGGUCUCUGAUUGGUGGUCAUCAUUUGGUGUCAUCAUAGUGGUCUCUGAUUGGUGGUCAUCAUUUGGUGUCAUCAUACUGGUCUCUGAUUGGUGGUCAUCAUUUGGUGUCAUCAUAGUGGUCUCUGAUUGGUGGUCAUCAUUUGGUGUCAUCAUACUGGUCUCUGACUUGUGGUCAGACUCGCUCAGGUGGAACAAACUUAAACUUGCGCCUUAAACCGAAUGGUGUCAUAAUGCUUUUUUUCCUCAAACAUCCUUUCUGAAUUUAAAUCCAAUAAGUAAUCAUCUAGUUUUUCAAAAGUAUCUGUUAUCGGAUUACAAUAUUUUUGCUGGUAACGUAACUGAUUACAGUUACAGUUUUUUGUAAUCAGAUUACAUGUAACUGAUUAAAUGCUUUUAAGAAUAGGAGCCCCGAGGCCCCUAGCUCUCUACUGUCCUGUAUCCGACAUCACGCUUAACGCUUCAGACUUUAUUUAUGAGACACAACUCUCUUCCGCUUGACACAGAGAGAGGGAUGGAAUGGAGGAGAGGGGUGCUCUGUGUAUUUGAGGACACUCACAGAGAGAAAGAGAAAGAAGGAAAGCUUCCUGUGUAUUUUUGAGUGCUUGCUAGUUUGAAAGAGAGGGCCUGCGUAUAGAUAGUGGAGUAGGGGACCUCUAGCACAACAGAGAAAGAGAGCGUGAGGAGUAGAAGAGGGUCAUGUUGUGUGUCUCCUUGUGUUGUGUUGGGAGUUGGAGGCAGUGUAUCUGUCACUCGGCCGCUGGUGCCCAUAUGAACCCAUAGCCCCACAGUGAGUCAGAGGGGUGAUUCGGUUGGCAAGAGGUUUCCGGUACAAGACAUUCACACAAUGAUAUACUUCCAACUGACGUGGUGUGUGGUGUGUGUGUGUGUAGUGUGUGUGUGGUGUGUGUGUGUGGAGGAAGGAUGACUAAUGCCUGAAUGACACACACCACACUUAGAUACUGUCUGUACAGAUGCUCAUGGCUCAGGAUGUGAUGUUACCUAUCAUGACCUUGUGACUGCAUGGUGGGGUGUUCAGUUAUCAUGGGCAGGCAGCCUGAAUCAAACCAAACUGAUCAGGAGAGGAAGCCACUAUACUAUUACAGUAAGACACACCCGUAGUGUUGGGAGUCUCAGCAUGUCUCCUUCCCCCCUCCAGCAGCCCUAGGCCAGCGGCCCCAGAGAGGACGGAGGAGCGGGCCAUGUGCCAAGAGCACGAGAAUGAGAAGAUCAACAUCUACUGUGUGACCCACAGCGUGCCCACCUGCUCCAUGUGCAAGGUGUUUGGAGCCCACAAGGACUGUGAGGUGGCGCCGCUCAAAAGCAUCUACCAGACACAGAAGGUGAGGACUGACUGAUGUAGGAAAACAUCUUCUUGAAGAGAUGUACAGUACAGUAGGUCAAAUGGGAAAGUUGCCUCCUGAGUAUAUGUCAGUGUAUUGCAACUCACUCAGUGACUGAUGCGUCUUGGCUUCUCGUUGUGUGUGUGUGUGUGUGUGUGUGUGUGUGUGUGUGCGCGCGUGCCCGUGCGUGUGCGUGCUGUUGCGGCCACAGACAGAGUUGACUGACGGGAUAGCAAUGAUGGUGGGGAACAAUGACAGGAUCCAGGGCAUCAUCAGUCAGUUAGAGGAGACCUGCCGGACCAUAGAGGUGAGUGGCCCAGUGUGGCAGCACCUGUCUUUCUGUCUCUGUCUGUCUCUUACACAGCCAGCCAACUGAAACCAGGAUGUUACUGUAAUCAGCCCUCCCACCCCACCCUCCACAGACACAUACACACACACACUUAGAAAAAUUACUAGGUGUUCUACUGCUUGUUUGUUUCUGUCACUCACACAAAUAAACUAGUAAGGUUCCAGAGAUACCUUCUCCUCCCUCACACAUACCAAGAAACACACAGAAAUGAUUCUGCCUUCCGACUCGCUCACACUGAGAAACCAGGAGGAGAAUUGAUGGGGCGAGAGUAGACACCCCUGAUGUGCACACGCACAACACACACACACACGCACAACACACACACACAUUCACACAACACACACACAUUCACACACACACACUGGAGUUGAUGAGCUAGCUAGUAGCUGUACUGGGGAGGAAGCUGGAGCGGCUCCAGUCCCCUCUGUGUCACCCUUGGUGGUGUUACCCAGGAUUGCCAUGCAGAGCUGGGUCGUGUUCACUAGGCACGGAACAGGAGAAAACGCUUGUGUGUGCACGUGUCCAUCUGUCCGUCCGUGUGUGUGUGGUUGCCUGUGUACAGGAGAACGGUAGGAGGCAGAAGUCCCAGCUGUGUGAGAAGUUUGACCAUCUGUACGCUGUAUUGGAAGAGAAGAAGAGGGACUUAAGUUCGAAGUUGGCGGCCAAGCAGGAAGAGAAGCUGAACUACAUCCACGGUUUAACCAAGAAGUAUAAAGAGCACCUGGAGCUGAGCAGUAAGGCUGUAGAGACAGGCAUACAGACCAUGGAGGAGCCAGAGAUGGCCGUCUUCUUACAGGUGACUGACACAAACACACUCCCUCAACAUUCAGGCUUGAAUCGUGAUUUAAGUUUCACAUACUGUAAAUAAGGAAUUUAUAGUAACCCUUCCCAUUUCUUUGUCUUACAGACUGCAAAAGACCUACUGAAAAAGUGAGUACAUUUGCUGCCUAACACUGAUUCUUGAUCAAACAAAGUGUGUUUCAUGUACCACAUUAUUUACAGAUCUAUAGAGACCACACGCAAUAAGGGAAGCCUGACUCUCCGUGUGUGUGUGUGUGUGUGUGUGUGUAUGUGUGUGUGUGUGUGUCAGGAUUGAUGAGGCGUCGAGCACUUCUCACCUGGAUAAGGUGGAGCGUGGAUAUGAGGCGAUGGAUCACUACACCAUCAACUUCUCGAGAGAGGGCAGGGCCCUGCGUAACAUCGACUUCAUCUCCGGUAGGAAGAGUUGGCAGUGAAGCGUCUUAUUAGAGCUGGGCGAUACGGACAAAAAUCCAUAUCGCGAUAAAUUACCUGAAUUGAUGUGAUAAUGCGAUGAACCGAUACGUUUCUAACAUUAAUGUGCGCCACAGUUUUAUUGAUUUAUUAUUCUUUAAACUACUACUACUAGUUUAGUGGUUGUAGCCAUCAAUUGUCCCAUUAACAAUCACCCAUAUUAGCAAACAUUUCAUUUCAAACUUCACAUUUCUCUAGUAUAGGCUACUUAUCAUAAUGAACGAUAUCAGCAAAAUGCCUGGGAUAAGUGAUCUGUAUGGUCGGUGUGGAUAAUUUUCGGUUUAUCAUCCCAGCUCUAGGUCUUCUUGAGUCUCUCUGUGUCUGCCCCUGCACACAGAGGCUCUGUCAUUGUCAACAUCUCAGGUCCUAGAUGGAUGGGGGGUGCAUCACAAUUGUCUUGUGUGGUUUCCUUUCCUUGUUUCCUGUCUGUCGUCUUUAUUAAUCUGAAAACAGGCUAGGUGAAAGCAAUAUGAAGCUUUCCAUGGGCGCUGUUUUUUUUCUUCUUCAUUUAUCCCUCUGUCUAUAGAUGACGAAGAUGAGUAUGAGGAGGUAGAUGGUGGAGAAGCGGAGGGCGGGGCUGGAGUAGAGACACAGGCUGGAGUAGGAGGAGGAACCGCAACACCUGCCCAGCUUCCAUCCCUGCCCCCUCAACUGAGCCAACCACAGAGCGCAGCCAAGCUUGCUGCCUCAACCUAACCAUCAGCCAUUUGCCCAGACCCACCUAAGCCCCACAGAUACUUUCUGCAGGAGUAGGAUGACGUUGUCUCUACACGCUGAUCUAAUGUCCAUUUUGAGUUUUUCCUCUAAUGCAGGGUUCCCCAAUUGGCAGGCCGCAGGCCAAAAAGACUGUAAAAAAACACCAGAAAAUCAGCUCCAAGUGAUUUUAAUUUGGGAAAUCUGUUCCAAAGUAUUCCCACGCAUAAUAUAUAUA